CCGGAAGUAAAUAUUGAUGCCGGCCAGUUCGUAAUUUUCAUUGUUUAAGAUUGAAAAAUGAGUGGUGGCGUUUAUGGAGGCGAUGAGGUUGGAGCCAUUGUGUUGGAUCUGGGCGGCUACUCUGUUAGAGCCGGUUAUGCCGGGGAAGACACACCAAAGGCAGAGAUACCGUCAAGUGUCGGGGUGCUAGAGGAUGCCGAGGUUGCCAUGGAAACAGAUGAAAUCAAAAAGGAGGCUGGAAGAAAGUAUUUCAUCGACACAAACUCGCUCCGUGUACCGAGGAAAGGCAUGGAGGUGCAGACUUUCCUCAAGGAUGGAAUGAUUGAUAACUGGGAUAUAUUUGAGAACAUACUGGAUUACACAUACAAGCGACACAUUCAGUCGGAGUCCCAGGAGCACCCGGUCAUGAUGUCAGAGGCUUCUUGGAAUAGUCGUGGUAAGAGAGAAAAGCUGACGGAGAUAAUGUUCGAGAAGUACAAUGUUCCAGCCUUCUUCCUGUGCAAAAAUGCAGUACUUUCAGCCUUUGCCAACGGGCGCUCCACCGGACUUGUCCUAGAUAGCGGGGCGACAUACACAACCGCUGUGCCUGUAUACGAUGGUUACGUUCUUGGUCAGGCCAUCGUGAAGUCUCCACUGGCAGGGGACUUUAUCAGUUUGGAGUGUCGGAAACUAAUGGAGGAGCUGAAUAUUGAGGUCGUUCCUCCAUAUAUGAUUGCUUCCAAGGAGGCAGUGAACGAGAAUCAGGCUGCGAGAUGGAAGAAGAAGGAUAUUCCGGAAGUCACGCCUUCCUUCCAUAACUACAUGGUCAAGGACGUCCUACAGGACUUUUCAGCCUCUGUUCUCCAGGUUUCUGAUGUACCAUAUGAAGAAAGUGGGGCUGAGUCCAUGCCUUGUACACCAUAUGAGUUUCCAAAUGGCCACAACAGAGAUUUUGCAGAAGACAGAAUCAAGAUCCCAGAGAUGUUGUUUGACUCCUCAUUGAUCAAGAAUGUACCGAGCAACUCCAUGCUAAGUGUGGGUCAUACUAUAACAACCAGUGUCGGAAUGUGCGAUAUCGACAUCAGACCAAGCCUGUACAGCAGUUUGAUCGUGGUCGGAGGAAAUUCAUUACUCAACGGAUUCACAGACAGGCUUAACCGGGACCUCAGUAACAAACUUACAGCUAGCAUGCGGCUGAAGAUGAUAGCGUCGACCCAGGCGACAGAGCGGCGAUUCAGCACCUGGAUCGGAGGGUCCAUUCUUGCAUCACUGGGCUCGUUCCAACAAAUGUGGAUCUCAAAACAGGAAUACGACGAGGGAGGGAAAAGCUGUGUGGAGAAAAAAUGUCCUUGAGGGAGGUGGAGGGGCUUGAACAUUUGGACAAGUUUGCAUGCUGUUCGAUAUGGAACAUAUUGAUGUACUUGGUACAUUUAUGAUUGAAGGAACUAAUAUUUUGUACAACAUAGGUUUCCAUGUUGAAUUAUACUAAACCGACAUCUUGCAUCAUCCUGCUGAAAAACAUAAAUCAUUAUAGGGCUUUCUUAUUUACGUGUAUGUGCUUACCAAAUAUUAUGAUUAAAUAAAAUGUCAGUGUUACAAAUUUAAUUGAACAUUUUACUUGCAAAAUCAAAUAAACUGUUUAAAAAUUCAUCCUUUUGAAUAAAAACAUUACACAGAAAUAUUGUUUUUAAAAAAUGGUCGUACAUCAAAAUCAUUGAUAAGAUGGGGCAUAUAGUGUACAUAGAUUUACAUAGGUUUUAAAUGAAGACAAUUUAGAAUUAUCAGAUUCAUAGAAUUACACCUUUUUUUCUUCUUUUUUUUGCAAGCCUAAUGUGUUCAUUUUAUAGAUGAAAUAAUAUUUCAUAUAAUUCUAUAGUCCAUUUAUAGAUUUUUUGUGAUUUAUGUGUUGAAGAAUUGUGUUGCACUUUUGUGAAGUUUUUUAACAUUUCAAAUAUAAUCUGAUGUUAUAGAUCAUGUUGUUUUUAUAUUAAAUCAGAAAAAUACAUGCAAUAAUUUGAAUUAAAAGAAAUUUGCUGUUAAUGGAAGAGACUAAUUAUAUAAAAUGUACAUUUGAAUAAAAAUCGGUCUAUCAUAAUUAUAGUGGCACAGUUUUUGUUUUUUUUGCUAUUUGCCUUUAACACAGUAAGAAGUACCCUAAAACAGAAAUAAAUGGCCUUUAAUAAGAAACAAAAAAAGAUGUCUUGGCUCCUUAUUGCCUUGGACUCAAACUAAAUGUUCUGACAGGUUUAAGUUUUCAUCCCUGAUUUUUUAAGUCAUUAAUCAGAUUUUGGUCUUAAGGGUAAUAUGCAUACCGAGUUUAAAUAUGUGGUGUUUGAAUAUUGAAAAAAGAAACAGCCAUAAACUGUCAUGAAAUGUUAGAUGUUGUAAUGUCAAGAGUUUGAAAACACAAAUAAACUGAGGAAGUCAUAAA